AUAAUCCCAAACCCAUAACCCUCAAACAAUACAAUGGUCAAUGAACAAACCCACUCAGUGAAAUGAAAUGCUUUGAAAGAAAAGACUAUUACUUUGAAGUUUGAUCUUUCAAACUGCGCCAAAGUUGUUAACUUCCCAAGUUUCAAACAAAAAAAGAGAGCAAAUUGUAAGCAGAGAAAUGGAGAACCUUGCAAACUCGUUUUCUGUGUUGGAGCUUGACGCUGAUGAUAGCGAUGUUCAGCCUCUUCCUACUUCCGGUACUACUGGCAAGAAAGUUAAUGGCAAAGCUGACACUCCGCUGGUAAACACCGAUAAACAAGAUCCAGAAAAUCCAUACAAGUUACCUCUUGUUUGGAUUGACUUGGAAAUGACUGGUUUAAAUAUUGAAGUGGAUAGAAUACUGGAGAUUGCUUGCAUAAUUACAGAUGGAAAUUUAACCAAAAGCGUGGAGGGUCCUGAUUUGGUCAUCCAUCAAACUAAGGAGUGCCUUGACAGGAUGGGAGAGUGGUGUCAAAGUCAUCAUGCAGCUAGCGGGCUAACAAAAAGGGUGCUUGAAAGUACAAUUAGUGAAAGAGAAGCUGAAAAGCAGGUUAUUGAUUUUGUCAAGAAACAUGUUGGUAAAUACACACCUCUCUUGGCAGGAAAUUCAAUAUAUGUGGAUCUUCAAUAUCUGAAGAAAUACAUGCCAGAAUUGGCAGGCCUCUUCCCUCAUGUGCUCGUUGAUGUUAGUAGCGUUAAAGCUCUUUGCAUCCGCUGGUAUCCUAGAGAUCAAAAGAAAGCACCUAUAAAAGAAAACAAACACAGAGCAUUGGAUGAUAUCAGAGAAAGCAUUGAAGAACUUAGAUACUACAAGGCCAAUAUUUUCAAGCCAAAGUCAAAGAAGUGAUAGGGUUGCCAACAAGGCAGCGCAUGGUGGAGAGGUUUUCAAUUCAAUUGUAAACACCAUUAUGGGUCAUGAUUUUGGAUGUAAUGUACAUGAUUGGUGGAGUGUACUUUUGAUAGUUGCUGGGACAAUCCCAUUUAAAUAUAUAUAUUAAGAAUCCUAACAUGCAAGUAA